CCGUCGGAAAGUGAGCUAAAUACAUCAACAAGAACGGGGUAAACAAAAUAGAAAAAAAGACCGGCAAAAACAGGGAAUCGAUCUGGAUAGCUUGUGUAGCAAAGGGCAGUUUUCAAAUUGUUAAUUUUCUAAAGUGUUUACCGAUUAAAAGGCAGGAAGUGAUUUACUAUUCAUCCAUAUUAUACAGUCUACAAGACAAAUCGUAAGUGUGAAACAAGAUUACACAAGAAAUUUUCUCUCAACUUGUAAUUAUAUCCACUAGGUCACUUCAAGUGAAUCUAACCUGCAAAGGCAUAAUUCCGAGUCUCGGAUCGUUAAAAUCAACAAUCGUUAUUUACAAUAUUGUACCGUAAGUAAUUUAUUUAAAAUAUUAAUUGGUUUGCCUAGCUGUAAUACAAAAUUUGUUAACUAAGGUUUCGAGACUAAAUAAGCGAAAUAGUCAUUCGUUUCCUGAUCCAUCAUAAGAUACGUGAGUGCCCGAGUAGAAGAAAACUAAAUGUAAGUUUGUUUGAAUCUAGUUUAAAGUUUAAAAUACUCACAAAAUAAAAUCUAUUUUAGCUUCAAGCUGCUAAAACUUAAGACGCUGCUUUGAGGAUUAUUUCUUUUUCCGAACACUUGAAGAUUUAUAAUCUUCCGGACAUAACCUCAAGAUGUCGGAUCCGGCGAAUGAUACGAUCAGGAAUGCGGAGAAAUCGGUCAACAAUCGCAACUGCAUGUAUUGCGAGGAAGUUGAUAGCGAAGAUGACAUGGUCCAAUGCGACAUGUGUAGCUUUUGGAGCCACUAUCAAUGUGCGGGAGUUACCGAGGCAGUGAAGAGUGUGCCAUGGAACUGCACGAAAUGCAGUAAUUUGUUGCACGUUCCCAAAAUAAGGAAACCAGUUAAAAAGAACGUUUCCAAACGGACGGGAAGUGCCAAAAGCGAUGUCGGAACGGAGCCUCGAGAAGGUCGGCCAUCGAUUCAAGAAUCUCUGAGCCUUCUCGAACAAGAAUCGGCUGCGAUCGAGCAGCAAUUGCAGGAGGAGAAAAUACUGCACGACAAACGCUUGGAAUUGGAGAGAUCGGUGAACGAAAAAAGGCGUGCGCUUCAACAAAAGAUGCAGGAGGAAAAACUUCGCCAAGAGAAGCUGCAACUAGAACAGCAAUUGGCGGACCACAAGGACUUCUUGAUCCGGCAGAAGCAGAUGCGCGACCAGUUCCGGAAAAUGAAAGCCGAUCUGAGUCAGGAGUUUGAGAGCGAGGAAGAGGACAGCGAUCCGGAUGUUGGUUCCACGAAGACGAAGGCGUGGAUAGAGACGCAAGAAGAUCCCCGCGGCGCUUACCCCAAGAAGCCGGCAGCAGCGCCAAGGAGUUUUCCUCUCACUGUGCGUAACGCGUUGGAGGAACGGCAUGGCGAGACAGAUUCGGAACAGAGCGGGAUUGGGCGCCAACGCAAGCACGAACCAUUGGCGACGUCAUCGAAAGGCGAGGCUCAAGCGGAGAAGAAGAAAAACGUAGACUCCGACCAUCGUUUCAAAGAGCUGUUGGAGCAUUAUUUGAGGGCAAAUGGGUCGCAACAGGAGCCGGAAGCAUCCGAACCGGAAGAGUCUGAGCUGGAAAAGCUUGAACAGGCUUUGAUUAGGAAGUUGUUAGAACGUAACACGUUAGGACGAGCUUGUAGUGUUAGUUCAGGGCCGACUAAAGAACAGUUGGCUGCACGACAAGCUGCGUCCAAACAUCUUCCUACUUUUCGAGGCGAGCCAGAGGUGUGGCCCCAAUUCAUCAGUUGCUUCGAAUACACCACGGAGGCGUGUGGAUACACCAAUACCGACAAUUUGAAGAGACUUCAAGACAGCCUUCAAGGACUAGCCAAGGAAGCAGUACAAAGCCGAUUGCUCAUGCCUGAGUCGGUGCCUGAGGUCAUCGAAGAUCUGCGUCAACUGUUCGGUAAUCCGGAAAAGCUGUUGAAGUCACUGAUGGCGAAAGUGCGGAAGGUACAAGCCCCUCGAGUGGACAAAUUAGAGUCGUUCCUGUACUUCGGGAUCACGGUAAAGCAGUUGUGUGAUCACCUUGUUGCGGCCAAGCUACACGACCACUUGAGCAACCCCAUGCUGGUAGCGGAACUCGUCGAUAAGCUGCCAUCCGAUUAUCAAUUGGAUUGGGUACGCUUUAAGAGAGGUAGGACUGAUCUUCCUCUUCGUAUGUUUGCCGAUUUCAUGAAGGGAAUCGUGUCGGAAGUUUCUGAGGUGGCUGACUUCAACGGGGAGCAGAACACUGCGGUUGCGGAAGGACGGCGAAUGUACAAAAGGAAGGAGCGCGUGAAUACCCACGACACUAAAGUGUUUCCGGUCGUGCAGAAUACGAUGCCGGCGAGAACGAGAAAACCCUGCCCGAUGUGCAAUCGCACAGACCACAAACUAAGGUUCUGUGACGAUUUUUCGUCGAUGUCAUUACCGGAUCGUCAAAGGUUGGUCGAUAGACUCAAGCUGUGCAACAUUUGUCUGUGUGACCAUGGGAAGAUAAAGUGCACCUUCAAAGUACGGUGCGAGAUACGGAGCUGCAAAGGAAACCACCACACGCUGCUGCACAGGCACGAGGAAGCAGUUAACGUUACCGUGGCGGAAUGCAACCCACAUCAUAAUGUCGAUCGGUCAGUAAUCUUCCGAAUGAUACCGAUUACUUUGCAUCAUGGAGGAAAGGCGGUUCAAACCUUGGCGUUCCUGGACGAAGGAGCUUCAACAACACUUGUUGAGAGCUCUCUAGCAGAAUCGUUGGGCGUCGAGGGAACUCCGGAACCCCUGGUCAUCGUGUGGACAGGAAAUGUUAAGCGGAAUGAAGAUAGUUCGAGGAAAAUCGACCUGCUGGUAUCUGCCGUGGAUUCUCGUAGAAAGUUCAUGAUGUCUUCUGCCCACACUGUCGGAGAAUUGAAGCUGCCUCUACAUAAGGCCUGUUACAGAAGCAUCGUAGAUAAAUAUCACCACUUAGAUGGAGUUCCUUUGUCGAGUACCAAAAUGGAAGUUCCCAGAGUUCUUAUAGGCCUCGACAACCUACAUCUAUUCGCCCCUCUGGAGUCCAAGGUUGGUGCCCCGGGAGAACCGAUAGCCGUGCGUUCAGCGCUGGGUUGGGCAAUCUACGGUCCUGAUUCGAGACUUGAGCAGCAGCAGCAUCACUAUUUGAACCAUCAUCUUGUUCAAAGCUUGAACAAUCGUCAGCUUCACGAUCUGAUGGCGGAGCAGUACGCUCAGGAAGAGCUUCAUGUAGCACAAGGCAAUCCCAUAGAAUCGGAGGAAAUCCAGAGGGCCCGUGAGACCCUUGAAUCGACAACUGUCCGAGUAGGAGACCGCUUCGAAACGGGGCUACUUUGGAAGCAGGAGCCUGUUUUUCCAGAUAGCUAUCCGAUGGCGCUGAACCGACUGAAGAGCCUGGAACGACGUUUUCAACGAGAGCCGCAUAUGAAACAGAACGUGAACCAGCAGAUUGAAUACUACCUGGCCAAAGGCUACUGUCAUAAGGCCACAGCAGAAGAGCUGAAGAGUACCAAUCCUUCUUCCGUGUGGUAUCUUCCUCUUAAUGUCGUGCUGAAUCCUAAGAAGCCGCAUAAGGUACGUUUGGUGUGGGAUGCAGCGGCCAAAUCGCAGGGAGUUUCUCUCAAUUCUUACCUGCUCAAAGGCCCCGAUCUAUUGGCAUCACUUCCGGCGGUCAUCAGCAAGUUUCGAGAGCGACGAGUUGCAGUGGGAGGUGACAUCAAAGAGAUGUACCAUCAGCUCAGGAUUAGAGAGGCAGACAAGCAGGCGCAAAGGUUUCUUUUCCGGUUCCCGGAAGACGAUCAUCCUACCGUUUUCGUCAUGGACGUGGCCACCUUCGGCGCUGCCAGUUCUCCAUGCUCGGCGCAAUACGUCAAGAACCUGAAUGCCCAACAGUUUUCCACUCGUUAUCCAGCAGCAGCACAGGCCAUCGUUCAUCGCCAUUAUGUCGAUGACUACUACGACAGCUUCGACACCGAAGAGGAAGCCAUCGAGCGAACCAGAGAGGUACGUUGGAUCCACUCGAAAGGUGGAUUCGAGAUCACCAAUUGGACGUCUAACUCUACAGCUGUUCUUCGAAGUUUGGGAGUGGGUGGUGGCUCCAGAGAGUCAAUCCAUUUGAACCAAGACAAGGUGACGGAUUACGAACGAGUUCUCGGCAUCAUGUGGGACACACAGAACGACGUGUUUUCCUUUGCGGUACCCAUAAACGCAGCAGCUACAGAGGCAGAACCACCAAAGAAAAGGGGAGUCCUGAGCACGGUCAUGUCGCUGUUCGAUCCAAUCGGCCUGUUGGCUCCAUUUACGGUGUUGGGAAAGAUGCUCAUGCAAGACCUGUGGCGAGCGGGUUGCGACUGGGACCAGCGAAUCGACGGAGAGUGCCUGGAUAAGUGGCGACAGUGGGUCGCGAUGUUUUCUCUGGUUGAGGGUGUUCGGAUUCCAAGAUGUAACUUUGGCUCGACACCUUCUGACCGAUUUGGCCAAAUACAGCUACAUAUCUUUAGUGAUGCCGGGGAGAAUGCGUACGGAAGCGUUGCGUAUCUACGGAUUUGUGUGGAAAAUACCGUAAAAUGUUCGUUGGUGAUGGCUCGAUCGAAAGUAGCACCGAUAAAACUUCUUUCCAUUCCACGGCUUGAACUGAAAGCAGCAGUCUUGGGAGCGCACCUGAGUCACACCGUUAAGAACAACCAUUCCCUUCCUAUUCAUCAAAUUUUCUACUGGAGUGAUUCUCGAACUGUUCUCUCCUGGAUUCAAUCCGACCAACGUCGUUAUCAACCGUUCGUCGGCUUCCGUAUCGGAGAAAUUCUGAGUCUCUCCAAGCUGACAGACUGGCGCUACGUUCCAACCAAGCUAAAUGUAGCAGAUUCGCUCACCAAAUGGGGUCGUCUUCCGGAUCUUUCGAGCGAAGGUUCAUGGUUUCGUGGCCCGGAGUUCCUGUACCAGCAGCCGUCGGAAUGGCCUCAACAGAAUCUUCCCGCUGCAAAUACACGAACGGAAAUCAAGGCAAUACACCUUUUUCACGGUGUUGAGCUUCCAAGUUGCUUUAUCGACGUGACUAGAUUUUCGAAGUGGAAUGUUGCAGUUCGCACCGUGGCAUGCAUUUUCCGAUUCAUCUCCAACUGCCGGCGCCGAGCCGCUGGCAAAUCCAUCGAAGCAGUCCUUUCGACUCCAAAGCUUAAAAAGCUCAUCAAGGUUGAAAUUCCCUUUGUAGUGGUUCCGUUGCGGCAAGACGAGCAUCGAUGUGCCGAAAAUACUCUCUUCAGGUUGGCUCAGAGCGAGUCGUACAGCGACGAAAUCAAGAUAUUGAAGAAGAAUGCAGAAUUACCUUUUCAAAAUUGGUUUCCACUAGAAAAGUCCAGCCCUCUCUACAAGCUUGUGCCCUUGAUCGACGCCGAUGGUGUGUUGAGGAUGGAAGGUCGUUCUGAAAAGGCAGAGUUCCUCCCUUUCGACCUUCGCUUUCCAAUAAUUCUACCAAGAUCUCACUACGUUACAGAUCUUUUAAUUCAACAAUACCAUGAAAGGUUUGGGCAUGGAUUUCGAGAGACGGUGAAGAAUGAAAUCAAGCAACGUUUUCUGAUUAGCGGUCUUACCAAUUUGAUAAGACGAACCGAACGAAGCUGCGUGUGGUGUAAGGUCCGAAAAUGUCUGCCGAAGAAUCCACGAAUGGCUGCACUUCCUGUACAAAGAUUAACUCCAUUUAAACGUCCAUUUAACUUCGUGGGCAUUGAUUACCUGGGUCCUGUUGAAGUCGUCGUCGGCCGCCGCAGAGAAAAACGCUGGGUUGCGGUGUUCACGUGCAUGGUUGUUAGAGCGGUGCAUUUGGAAGUUGUCCACAGUCUUACCGCGCAAUCAUGCAUCAUGGCGAUCCGCCGUUUCAUCAGCCGCCGAGGUCCAGCCUCCGAAUACUUCACAGACAACGGGACGAACUUCCGAGGUGCGAGUAAGGAGAUAAUCCAACGGGUACGAGAAAUUGAUGCUGUUUGUGCCGAUGAAUUUACGACUGCUAUCACGAGUUGGCACUUCAUCCCACCUGGAACACCCCACAUGGGAGGGGCGUGGGAAAGGAUGGUGCGCUCGGUGAAGCAAGUCAUGGCCGCUUUGGACGACGGGCGUCGAUUGAACGACGAAAUCCUCCUGACUACGCUUGCUGAAACUGAGGACAUGAUCAACAGCCGGCCCCUAACUCUUGUAACCACGGACUCAGUGAUGGGUGCACUUUGUCCAAAUGUCUUCCUGCGAGGUUCAGAUCCCAACGAGCCGCAUGAAGUCAUUCAACCUACGCAUCCUGCAGAAGCACUUCGGGAUGCUUACAAGAGAUCGCAGCAGCUGUCCGACGAGUUAUGGAAGCGGUGGAUUAGAGAGUACGUGCCGACAGUCAACCAACGGUCCAAGUGGUUCUCCGAAACAAAUCCUCUUAAGAAAGGGGAUCUCGUAUACGUGGUCGAAGGCAGUCGACGCAAAGCAUGGGUUCGAGGAGUCAUCGAGGAGCCGAUCGUUUCUGGUGACGGAAGAGUCCGUCAAGCUUUGGUACGCACAACUGGUGGUGUUUUUCGACGUGGAACGGCGAAUCUGGCGGUACUAGAGAUUGCUGACAGAGUCCAGACGGUGGGUCCAGAGAGUGCCGCUCAUCAUGCAACUUCUGAUACUGGUGGUAACGCUGAUCCGGUGGCUCCAGAGAGUGAAUCCGGACCAGGUUUACGGGUGGGGGACUGUUGAGCGUGUAAAAACUGCGCGACUCGGCAGCCCCGUCGGAAAGUGAGCUAAAUACAUCAACAAGAACGGGGUAAACAAAAUAGAAAAAAAGACCGGCAAAAACAGGGAAUCGAUCUGGAUAGCUUGUGUAGCAAAGGGCAGUUUUCAAAUUGUUAAUUUUCUAAAGUGUUUACCGAUUAAAAGGCAGGAAGUGAUUUACUAUUCAUCCAUAUUAUACAGUCUACAAGACAAAUCGUAAGUGUGAAACAAGAUUACACAAGAAAUUUUCUCUCAACUUGUAAUUAUAUCCACUAGGUCACUUCAAGUGAAUCUAACCUGCAAAGGCAUAAUUCCGAGUCUCGGAUCGUUAAAAUCAACAAUCGUUAUUUACAAUAUUGUACCAUACUUCCUGAACAGUUUUUUAGCCUUGGACACGUUUCCGCUGUACUUGCUGGAUCAACUGAGACACAGGUGGUAGCUAAUAGUGUCCUGUCUCAUAGAAACAUUUCGCCGAAGGACAGUCCAGCGCAGCACCGAUUGAAGGAACCAUUAAGCAGGCACUUCUAUAUACGACGUAUUUGUGUUUCCGAUUGUUCUACACGUUACUUCAAACGGGAUAGCGAAUUGUUGGGCAAAUUCAAUCUUUUAUCAAGAUUGAAUUCCAAAGUUAGCAAAACGACGUACGCACCAAACCAUCAAGGCAAAAGGUUGUAAGUACAUGUUGACUUGUAAGAACAAUAUUAAUGCCCAUAUCGAAUUCACAGGCAUAUUCUUUAUCCAUUUUACGAUUGGAAACCAAGUUUUCAGACAAUUCUGAACAAUAGUUUUAAUACUAGAAUAAAAAAGGUGUUGUGAAACUUUCCUCGCGAUUUCCUCGAAACUCGAUGAGUGGCUCAUACGACUUAAUCAAAACAAACUCUAGACUUUCGUAAAUUUUGUGCAAACAGUCACUCACUGACGUUAUUAUAUGACAUUCUUCUCAUUUUCCAAGGAAAAUUUUCUCUUACUCUUAAAAAAUAUCUGCGUUUUCCCAACGUAAUAAUAAAAGUUUUGCUUAUGAUUGCAACGUGUUUUGUCCUGCCUUUAGUCCGAAAUUUCCCUUAAAUUUUAAUUCUAAUAAGAAAUUUCAUUAAAACGAAACGAAAAAAAAAAAUAACAAUGGAGUGACUUUCUCAAAAAAAUAAACUAAUAAUAAUAGUAAUAAUAAACAUGCCCUAAAACCUUUCAAGAAUAUUUAUAAUUUAUUUUGAGAUAGGUUGUAUAUUGAAAUGUGUACAAGAGAAAAACACAAUAUGCACAAUGUCACCACUUUAAAAAUCCUUAUCAAGUUACGUUUCCUCAGAUCCGUUGCUCUCGUCGACUCGGCUUUUGUUUUUGAGCAGGAAAUUUG